AUGGACAGUGACAGUGAAGCUCUGAUUGAGCCUAAUGGCUUGAUCCCGUACGAAGAGGUCCAGAAGCACGUCACAGCAGAUGACUGCUGGGUCAUCAUAGACGGUAAUGUCUAUGAUGUGACAUACUUCCUGAAGUCGCACCCGGGUGGCAAGCAGGCCAUCCUCUUGCGUGCCGGCAAAGACGUUACAAAGCUCUUUUCGCAGAUCCAUCCGACCAACGCUCUGGCAUCACUCCGCCCAGAGGCCUGCCUCGGCACCGUUAAUCCGGACACCCUUCCUGCGCUUGAUGCAAAGGAUGAAGAGGAUGAGAUUGAACGACAGGAAGCCCGCAACGAAAUGCCACCCCCUGAGGAUCUGUUGUUGAUAAAGGACUUUGAGGAAUGGGCGGAGCGUGUGCUCAGCAAGACGGCUUGGUACUACUACCGCAGUGCGGCAGAUGAAGAGACGACCUUCCACGAGAAUAGAGACGCGUUCCGGCGGUACUUCUUCCGUCCGCGCAUGCUGCGUGACCUGACAAACGGAAGCGCCGAGACGACGUUUGUGGGUAUUCCGACAGCUCUGCCCAUUUUCAUCUCUCCCGCCGCCAUGGCUAAGCUGGGCCACCCGCUCGGGGAGGUGAACAUGACCCGCGCUGCGGCAGAGUGUGGCAUUGUCCAGAGUAUCUCGGCAAACGCAAGUUGCAGCCUGGAGGAAAUGUUUGCCGCCCGGGAGGACAGCCAGCCGUUGAUCUACCAGGUGUACCUCAACAAGGACCGGACACAGUCCGAGUCUAUUCUCCGCAAGGUCGAACGCAUGGGCGCCAAGGCAGUUAUGUUCACAGUCGACACCGCCGGAGACUCGAAGCGCACUCUUGACGAACGGCUCAAAGUUGCGGCGGCCGCCAAGUUACGUGAGGACAACGGCAAGACUACCAAGUCUGAACCACUAGAACCAUUAGCCAUCGGCCACGCCAUCUCAGGAUACCAAGACCGCAAUCUGACGUGGAAGGACAUUGGCUUUAUCAGAAAAAAUACGAAACUGCCCAUCAUCGUGAAGGGUAUCCAGUCAGUGGAAGACGUUCAGCUCUGUGUAGACCACGGUGUGGAAGGCGUUAUCCUAUCGAACCACGGCGGUCGCCAGGCAGAUUAUGCGCCGGCACCCAUCGACGUUCUUUACGAGAUACGGGUACUCCGGCCGGACCUGUUUGACAAGAUCGACAUUAUGAUUGAUGGCGGUGUACGGACGGGUGCCGAUGUGGUAAAGGCAGUUGCACUGGGUGCCAAGGCCGUCGGCUUGGGCCGGCCGUUCCUGUAUGCCAACGGGACUCACGGCCAAGAAGGCGUGCGGCGCGUGAUAGAAAUUCUCCACGAGGAGAUUGUAAACACGAUGCGCAACAUUGGUGCGGCGACAAUUAAGGACCUGAAGCCCGAUAUGGUAGGCCCAGCAGGGCCUUGGGUUGGACACAACCGACCGAUGUAUGUCUCUUCUGGGGGCAUCGAUCAACGGAAGAUAUAG